UGAGUGUAGUGAGUGGCAGUGACACAAGGAUCAUGUAAAAUUUAAUUUGCUUUCCACACCAACCAUCGACCUUGUUGCAUUAUCACAAACACCUUAACCUCAUUCUCAAUCUCUCUCUCUGCUGCGUCACAAUGCAACAAGCCAUGGCGCACCACACUCUUCUCUCACACUCAUCUUUCCAACCACUUCUCUCUCCUCAUUCACUUCUCCGAUCAUCCUUCUCCGGUGCCUCCCUCAAGUUCUCUCCACAAUCGCUAACCCUUUCAGCCUCCAAGCCCCUCACCGUCGUCGCUGCCACCAAGAAAGCCGUCGCCGUCCUCAAGGGAAACUCCGCCGUCGAAGGCGUCGUCACUCUCACCCAAGAAGACGAUGGCCCAACAACAGUUAAUGUUCGUGUUACUGGCCUUACUCCGGGGCUUCAUGGUUUUCACCUACAUGAGUAUGGUGAUACCACAAAUGGGUGUAUAUCAACGGGAGCACAUUUUAAUCCUAAUAAAUUGACACAUGGUGCUCCUGGAGAUGAAAUCCGUCAUGCGGGUGACCUGGGAAACAUAGUUGCUAAUGCAGAUGGGACUGCAGAGGCAACAAUCGUGGAUAAUCAGAUACCACUCACUGGCCCCACUUCAGUAGUUGGAAGAGCCUUAGUGGUUCAUGAGCUUGAGGAUGACCUUGGAAAAGGUGGGCAUGAACUUAGUUUGACAACUGGAAAUGCUGGUGGAAGAUUAGCAUGUGGUGUGGUUGGCUUGACUCCAGUAUAAAUGCAACGAAUGUUUUUGUGGCAGUCAUGUUAUUUUAUCUGUUGUUUGCUUUCUUCGGUGACCCCAUGUCUUAUGAAGCAUGAUGACCUAUUGUUGUUUAAUUGCUUUCUUCAGCUACCAGUGUAAACUAUGAAGCUUAAUGUCCUUCUAAAGAUCAGUGUGCAAAUGAGUCAUCAAAACGCGUUAGUCCCUUACCUGGGAUAAAUCAUGGGGUCAGGUGUUUACUCCCCAAUAAAAUUUGAUUUCUGAUA